UAAUCUGCUUACGGCUCCAGCACGAAGAGACAUAUUUUAAUUUUAAUAGAGUAAUUAAAAUUCUUUUCUUUUAUAUUAAAAAAACGUUCAUUUAUUUUCAAAUUUUCCAUUGCACUCGUAAAAUAAGAAUUACUCACGGGUCACGGCGAAGAAUGGAAUGAAGAGUGAGGCAUUUGUUAAAACCCUAACUGGCUGUAGUGCGUCUUCAACCACCAUUGCCAACGCAGGUACCUAGAAGACCAUUGACUGUGAGAUCGUGAGUGCGGUAAAUUAGUGAUCAGUAAUUGCCUAUUGUAGAGUGAUUAAGAGGUUGUUAUUUGCUUAUUGCUUCAGGGGCGUUGCACUUCUCCACUUCUUCCCUUUUCGUCCAAUUUUUCGAAAAUGAAGCUUACCGUCAAGACUCUGAAAGGAAGCCAUUUUGAAAUUCGAGUUCAACCCAAUGACACUGUUAUGGCGGUUAAGAAAAAUAUUGAAGAUGUGCAAGGGAAAGAUAAUUAUCCCUGUGGGCAGCAAUUACUAAUUCAUAAUGGUAAAGUGUUGAAAGAUGAAACAACAUUGGCAGAUAACAAGGUCUCUGAAGAUGGCUUCCUCGUGGUCAUGCUUAGCAAGAGUAAAACUUUAACUGUUGGAGGAGCAUCAAGUGCCCAGCCUGCACCUGAAUCUACACCUAGUCGUGCUCCUCCUGUACCUAUUAUUUCAAGUGAAACUUCUCAACCACAAUCUGAGGCACAAACGGACGGCAAGGCCACAAAAGAUGCAACCGAUUCUGAUGUUCCAAGUUCCAAUGCGACCACUGAUGCAUAUGGCCAGGCUGCUUCUAGUAUAGUUGCCAACAAUGAUUUGGGGCAAACCAUUCAGCAAAUAAUGGAUAUUGGUGGUGGCAGUUGGGAUAGAGAUACAGUUACGCGUGCUCUUAGGGCCGCUUAUAACAAUCCAGAGCGUGCCAUAGAUUAUUUGUAUUCUGGAAUCCCACAAACAGCUGAAAUUGCAGAACCAGUUCCACAAUUACCUGCAAGUCGAGCAAGCCCAGCUGUGGAAGGAGGAACAGCUGCUGCCCCAGUUUCUGGGGCACCAAAUUCUGCUCCGUUAAAUAUGUUUCCACAGGAGUCACACUCUGAUGCGGCAGCUGGUGAAUUCGGAUCACUUGAUUUUCUUAGGAACAAUCACCAGUUCCAGGCAUUACGCAAUAUGGUGCAAUCAAAUCCACAGAUUUUACAGCCGAUGCUUCAGGAGCUUGGAAAGCAGAAUCCAGAACUUUUAGGAUUAAUUCAGGAUCACCAUGCUGAAUUUCUUCAGCUUUUAAAUGAACCUCAUGAUGGUUCUGAAGGGGAUAUAUUUGGUCAGGGUGAGCAAGAUAUGCCCCACGCAAUUAGUGUCACACAAGAGGAGCAAGAGGCCAUUGAACGGCUUGAGGGAAUGGGUUUCGAUAGAUCACUCGUCAUCGAAGCAUUUUUAGCCUGUGAUCGUAAUGAAGAACUAGCUGUCAACUACUUGUUGGAGCAUGCUGAAGACAAUGAAGAUUAGUCGGAGGAGAGGUAUUGGUUACUGAUGACUAUGUUACUGAUUUUAGGGAAUUGUACUUGUUUUAGUUUCACCAUCUAAUACAUAAAGCUUUCGAGGAUAAAAAUAGGUUGAAGACUAGUGGUACGAUAUAAUCACUGCUUCGGUAAUUUAUUCUCUAUUUUAUUUUCGUUUUUUUUCCUUUUCCGUGGCAUGGAAAUUAGAGGGUUAUUAACUCAGAUUUGGGAUAAAAUGUUCUUUUUUGAUUUUGAACAUAUUGGUGAAAUGCAUAGGGUAAUAGGUUGAUUAUAGUAGUGCAGAUUUUGGAGAUAGAAGUAUUGGAUAUUCAUGCUCAAUAUUAAUGGUUAUUUGUGCUUUCUAUUA